AUUUUUGGACUCACUGUGUAGCCCACGAAGAAGACUGUUAGCUUCGCCAUGGCGGAAAUAGAGCGACAGUCAGGUUCCACUCCUAAAGAUGAAGUGCCUGAAGUUACAUACAACAUCGCCUACAUGAUCCCCAAGAAAGAAAUCAGCAUGGUACCUGAUAUGGGAAAAUGGAAACGAUCUCAAGCCUAUGCAGACUACAUAGGCUUUAUUCUGACACUGAAUGAAGCCGUUAAGGGAAGAAAACUCACAUGUGAAUACAAAGUGUCCGAGACCGUUGAGAAGCUACUUAUUCUUUUGGCGACUUUGGACCAAUGGAUAGACGAGACUCCUCCCAUCGACCAGCCUUCGCGUUUCGGCAACAAGGCCUACAGAACCUGGUUCGCCAAACUAGAUGAGGAGGCGGAGGCCUUGGUUUCUGCCGUGCUCCCGUCUGAUAAAAGUGCUGCGGCUGCUGAGAUAGCAGUCUACCUGAAGGAAUCUGUGGGGAACUCCACCAGAAUAGACUAUGGGACAGGCCACGAAGCAGCUUUUGCAUCUUUUCUCUGCUGUCUCUGUAAGGUUGGCUGCCUCACGGUAGACGAUCAGCUGGCUAUCGUCUUCAAGGUUUUCCACAAGUAUCUCUCAGUUAUGCGAAAGCUACAGAAGACCUACAGAAUGGAGCCAGCUGGAAGUCAAGGUGUUUGGGGACUUGAUGACUUCCAGUUUCUACCCUUCAUCUGGGGAAGCUCUCAGUUUAUAGAUCACCCAACGCUGGAACCCCGGCAUUUUAUCAAUGAAAGGGUGGUAAACGAGCACCACCAGGACUACAUGUUCCUGGAGUGCAUCAAAUUCAUAAACGAGAUGAAGACCGGUCCCUUUGCCGAGCACUCCAACCAGCUGUGGAACAUCAGUGCUGUUCCAUCAUGGUCCAAAGUUAACCAAGGCCUCAUUAAAAUGUACAAGGCAGAGUGUUUGGAGAAGUUCCCUGUAAUCCAACAUUUCAAAUUCGGCAGCCUGCUGUCCAUCCAACCAAAGCCUUGAUACGACGCACUCGGAGGAAACUACCAAAAUCCCCGACCAUUUCUACCAACCACACUCCCGUUCGGUCAGCAUCCGUGUUAACUAAUGCAGCAGUAGACGAUAUAGCAGCGUGUCUACCGUAUAUUUCACACGCGGUCAUCAGUCUGAGGACGAGGCAUGCUGCGGAUGGCAUCUGGAUCUGGAGCAUCUUUGAAUUUUUCCUUUUUUUUUUUCUUUUUUGGCGAUGUUUCUGUAAUGGUCCGGAGGCUUUAUGAGAGAAAUGGUGGGAUUUCUGUACUUAUUUCCCUUUCUGUGGGUGUUUGGAUCCUUCAGCUAACCAGUAUUAAAAUCAAGUUUUAUAGGUUUUUUUUUCUUUUUUUUUUGCUAUCGAUGCCAAAUGUUUGACACACACACACAUCUACACAUCUAUCUGUCCAUCCCCACAUAUAUAUAUAUAUAUAUGGACAUCUCUCUAGAUGUCCAUAUAUGGACAUCUCUCAGUGCUUACCUUACUGAGUAAAACUACCCAUUAGCUUCAUUCUUGUAAGCACUUUUAAUUUGAAAUAUAAUGUGGUUGUUCAUUGAUUGUUACUCUUUCAAUUGUUCUUUCUAAACAGAAAUAUCAUUUUUUGCUCCCUCUGAAAAGGAAUCCACAGUGUGUUCACAUAAGAUCAUGGCAUUUAGUUUAUUAUUUAAUAAGACCAAAGGGGCCCCUGUCUUGUGAUCAAGGAAACUUAUUCUGCACAUUUUCUUCUGCUUAUGCCAUGUGUCAAAAAGAUUUAGUUUAUCAUACAGUUCAGAAUAUGUCCACCUUUAACAGCAACUAUUUAAAAACAUUUUUUUUUUCUGUAUGACAUGAUCAAUUUCUUAUAUAGUUUUGGAAGAAUUUUGACCCAAUCUUGUUUACAAGUUUGUUGGAUAUAGGAGUCCCUCCAUUUAAUUUGAAAGAAGAAGGGGAUGAACCCUGGGGGCGGAUUAGCAAGUCUACUUUACAGUACUUUACAAUGUGAAUGAAGAUUUCUGUAAAUAGAUGUGGUCAUCAAGAGUAGGGGAACUCCAAUUGAAAUUUACAACUUUUUUUUCUUCUUUUUUUUUUUUAACUUUCUACUGCUGCAGUCUGUGUAGAUCUGGUGGAAUUCCCCCGGCCUAAAGAAUGCUAAAAUAGCACAUCCCUCCAAAGGCAACAGAGAGACUUAACACAAAUGUUGUUCAUUCAGAAUGUCAGCUGUGUCUCGUUUCAGAUUAAACCACUACUUGUGCAACCACCGAAUCUCGGUAAAGCUUAAACUUCCCUGUUCACCCCUGCACUCAUUUCAUCCUAAUAAAGACAUGGCGUCGCAGGUCUUUGUGUCUGAUUCUCAAACGUUUAUAGUGCUGGAUAUUACAAAAAUCUUUUAAUAUAUUAGAAAAACGGCGAUUAAAAUAAGAAUAAGAGCAAAGUUCUGUACAGAUACUUAUUUACUAGCAUUUCUUCCA